AUGACGGUGACAUAUUCUAGAAGAGUUGCUGAUGCAGGUCUGGGGACAUUUUUCCACCUCCUCCUGCGAUGGAAAGGCAGCAUCUAUAAACUCCUGUACAGAGAGCUCUUCAUCUUCACGGUGCUCUACUACUUCUUCAGCAUCGUUUACAGGUUUAUGUUAAGCAGUGAACAGAAGAGGCUGUUUGAGAAGCUCUCCAUAUACUGUGACCGCUACGCAGAACUCAUUCCUGUGUCUUUUGUGUUGGGUUUCUAUGUGACGUUGGUUGUGUCCCGUUGGUGGGGCCAAUUCGAGAACAUACCCUGGCCAGACCGUUUGGCAGCACUGGUGGGGGGCCAUGUCCGUGGGACGGAUGAGGCUGCCAGGUUGACCCGAAGAACCCUGAUGCGCUACGUCAACCUCUCAGGAGUCCUGAUAUACCGCUCCGUCAGUACUGCAGUCUACAAGAGGUUUCCAACCACCGAGCAUUUGGUGCAGGCAGGUUUGAUGACCUCAGAAGAACUGAGGCACCUGGAGGAUCUACCUUCUCCCCAUAACAAGUUCUGGGUGCCUUGUACGUGGUUUGUCAACCUGGCACUGAGAGCGCGGACUGAGGGUCGUAUCAACAAUGACGUGGCCCUCACUGCCAUUCUCACUGAGCUGAACAGUCUGAGAGCAAAGUGUAUGAAGCUGUAUGGUUAUGACUGGAUUAGUCUCCCGCUUGUCUACACUCAGGUGGCAACAGUAGCCGUCUACAGCUUCUUUCUGGCUUGCCUGAUUGGUCGACAGUUUUUGGAUCCUGCUCAGGGAUAUCCGGGUCAUGAUGUGGAUUUUUACCUGCCCGUUUUUACCCUGCUACAGUUUUUUUUCUACGUUGGCUGGCUGAAGGUGGCUGAACAGCUCAUUAAUCCUUUUGGUGAAGAUGACGACGACUUUGAAACAAACUGGCUUGUUGAUCGAAACCUGCAGGUGUCUCUAGUGUCUGUGGAUGAGAUGUAUGACAGCCUGCCGCUGGUUGAGAGGGACAUGUACUGGAAUAAGUCAGAGCCCCAGCCUCCCUACACUCCAGCCAGCGCUGAACAUCGUAAACCCUCCUUUAUGGGCUCAGCUCUAGAUAUUAGUGUUCCUAAGGAGGAGAUGGAGUUUCAGUCCAACUUGGAGCAGAUCAAGGAAAAUGAAGAGGCCAACUACACCACCCCACUGCUUGGAGGGUUGGGUCGUCUUUUGGGUGUCCAGUCUCCAAACUUUCCUCGCUCGUCCCGGGUCCCUCUGUUGCGCCGCCGCCCUGGAGCCCCACUGAGCCGCUUCCCUCUGUACUUGCAUCCAGAAGUGCCGUCGAUCCCAACUCAGUCAUGUCACCCUUUGAACCAGGAGCGGGAUCCAGACUACGCCUUUUCCACGGUGCCCAUGUACGAAAGACCAGGAUUUUACAGCUGCCCCCAAACACCCAUUCACUGCGCGCCCCCUACAGUGCCUCGCUCUCGACACGUCCGCCGGACUCAGAACGAGUGGGAUCGCAGCUGCAGCUCCAUGGCCCCUCCAGCAGUGGGUUCCCAGUUACUCCCCCCUGACACUCCCACCCAUCUUCCACCCCCACCAUCCUCUGCAUUUCCCUGGAUGAGUGAUGAGGGAGAUUUACAGAGCGGACCAGCUUUCUCCUUCCCAGACCCAGCACCGGAACUCUGUCCAAUAUCUAAACUCAGACCCGGACAUGGCCUCCUGUCCCGUCGCCCUCUUCCCCCUCGCCUUACUCUAGAAACCCCCCCACCUGCUGACAACCAGCCAGGAACCCCAAGCGCUCGGGCUACAGGCGGAGGUGAAAGGACAUUUUCGCUUACUCCCCCCUCUCACCCAGUGGUACCAAAUCCAAGUAAUCCCAACAGCAGCUCCAACAAUAUUAAUGCAGCCAGCACCAACAGCUCCAGCACAGCAGGAGGUCUUUGCAAUGGAACAAGCCACAGCGGUUACAGCAACAGUGGAAAUUUCACCUCAAACUCGAGGACAAGCAAUGGGAGCAGCAAUGGGGGGCCAAGCACCAAUAUUAACACAGUUCCUGUGUCUGCGCCGUCACAAGAAACGAGUCAGCAAAACUCAGCCAACGAUUCAGGAAUCUCAUUGGCCGAAGGGGACCUACUGGGAGUUCUGGUGGAUAGUGGCGUGAAUAAGGAAGAGAAAGGGAGCAGAACUGAGGAAAAAACAAACUAAUUUGAUGCCUUUAAAAUUCUGAAACUGUCCAAUGAAACUGUCUGAGCUGAAAUUUACAAAAUGAC